AUGAUGAAUACGAGCUGGAAAGAACUGUGCUCAAAACAGGAAAAAGAAACAAUAUGGCAGAGUAUCUAUAGAGUUAUUAGGAGAUGCAGCACUACAAACGAGGACAAGCUCUUGCGUUUUGGCGAACGGAGCCCAAAUGAGUCGGCCUCUUUGUUAGCAAAAACGUUCUACCCUGAUGAUGACUAUAAUAAAGAUACUGAAGAACAAAGAAACAUCCGAGCGGAAGUUGAUAUAAUAAUUAGAAGCCUCAAAAAUUAUACAGAUACUACUUAUAUAAAAUUCACUGAAGUAGAAAUAGAGAUGGUAUUUCAAAAAAUGAAUCCCAAAAAGGCUCCUGGGGAGGAUGGUAUGACCUCGGAUAUCUGUUAUGAGAGCUAUAAAACAACACCAUCGAUCCUUUUGGCUAUUUAUAAUAAAUGUCUUGAAAUAGGCUAUUUCCCAAAGAUAUGGAAAAAAGCAAUCAUAAAAAUUAUUCCGAAGCCUGGAAAAGUAGACUAUACUGUACCUAAAGCAUAUCGUCCAAUUGGCUUGUUGCCAGUAUUUGGAAAAAUUUUAGAAAAGCUCUUUGUAGGCAGAUUACUCUGGCAGCUUGGAAGGGAAGGAAAAUUCAGCAAUCGACAAUAUGGUUUUAUGCCACAACUUAGUACAGAGGACGCACUAUAUGACAUAAUGACAGUGAUAAAACAAGGCAUAAAAGAAAAGAAGAUAGUUGUUAUGGUAUCCCUCGACAUAGAAGGGGCUUUUGACAAUGCUUGGUGGCCCCAAAUAAUAAAAGAAAUCCAAAGGAAGAAUGUGAACAUACACAACCUAAGGCUCAUUACCAGCUAUCUGUCUUCAAGGAGUGUUAUAGUGAAAUAUGCAGGAGCAAUAGCCACCAAACCUACAACUAAAGGAUGCAUACAAGGAUCGACCUGUGGACCCAUACUCUGGAACAUCCUUCUCGACCCCCUUCUUGAAUUAAGUUCAGAUAUGGACGUACAUCUUCAGGCAUUUGCUGACGAUAUUCUUAUCAUCGCAAAAGGAAACUCAUCAAAAGAUGUAGAAGACAAACUUAAUCCAGCUUUAGAGAAAAUAGUAACAUGGGGCAAAACGCACAAAUUAAAUUUUGCACCACAUAAGACACAAUCUAUCGUAAUAACCAAAAAGUUAUCUUACGAAUUACCUAUAAUUAAAAUGGACAAAAUUAUUAUACAACCAUCUACAAGUCUAAAAGUACUUGGCGUCACCAUCGAUAAAAAUUUAAACUUCGUAGAACAUCUAGAUGAAGUCCUCGGGAAGGCAAUAAAAAUUUACAAAAUGAUAGCAAGAACAGCUAAAGCUCAUUGGGGACUUCAUUCUGAUAUAGUAAAAACAAUAUAUAUAGUAGUAGUUGAACCAACCAUUCUUUAUGCAGCAAAUGUCUGGGGUAUGACGGUGAAAAAAGAAUAUAUGAAGAAAUGA